UUGUGCUGUUUGUGGCAAGUAUACAACUCAUCUUUUACCCGAAAAAGCAUAUACUACUGGAGUGAGCAUGCAGGCGGCUGAAGGCUUGACAGGAAUGCGGGGCCGUACCAUGUAACUAUUUUUCUGUACGUCAGUCUAUGUUAUAACAUAUGCCCGCGAAGUGAAAAAAAGUUAUAUAUGGUACGGAUACGGAUCCCGAGUGUAUAUAUACAGGCAGCAGUUGUUUAUGUCCUAAAGGUAUAAAAACAACGUUUGCGGAGCAUUUGCAAUGUUGGCAGCACUUACCUUACCACUUAAAUGGUAACAAUUGUUUGGAGUUCAAAAAUUUUUUCAAAACAAAACUUACAAAACAGUUUCAAACGGUUCUCUGCACAUAAACGUGAAAGAGUAGUUGCUUUUUUUUAAAUGCUGAGAGUGUGGACAAUCGUGUAAAAAUGGAAGACUUCAAGACUCCAACAGCCAAAAGAUUCAGGAGCAGAGUGACGGACAAUCCAGAUUUCCAAACUCCUAUAAAAAUUCCGCCUUCGCCUUUUCUCAAACAAAUAGGUUACGGAUGCGGAAUAAAUGUGUUCACACUGGAAAGGUCUCCCAGAGUUGGGUUCGCUAGGUCUCCCUGGGCCAUCAAGAAGAGAAACAAAAAUGUUGUCAAGGACGCAAAGUACACAGCCAGGCUACAGGCUGAAGCUAGCAUACUCAAAAAGUUGAAUCACCCGAAUAUUGUGGGAUUCAGAGGCCUUACUCACGAAGCCAGCGGUGAACCUUGCCUUGUCAUGGAAAAGCUAGAUAUUUCAUUAGGAGAUCUGAUUGAGGAAAAAGUUGAAGGAGGAGAGAUGCAGUUUUCAGCUAAUGAAAUAUUAAAAAUUGGCUUUGAAAUAGCAAAAGGCUUGGAGUAUCUGCAUCACUCAGCUUAUAUACUUCAUGGUGACAUGAAAAGCUUUAACAUUCUUCUCUCUAGGAAUUACAGUAUUGUCAAAAUCUGUGACUUUGGUGUUUCCAUGCCAUUGACAGAAAACCUUGAAGUUGACAUGACAAAAAAGUGUGAAUAUGUUGGCACUCCAUGUUGGACAGCUCCAGAAGUUCUCAAUGUUGAUGGACCUAUUAGCAACAAGGCAGAUAUAUGGUCUUAUGGCCUGGUGCUGUGGGAAAUGAUAGCAUUAUCACCACCACACAUUGGCACUCCAGAAGAUGAUCUCAUGAAUAUGACUGAUGAUUCAAUACUUGAAUGUAAAAACUUGAACACCACCCAAGAAACUGAUAUUGAAUAUGACAGUUUUAUUCAAAGCUUAGACGAUCCUGAUGAUAGCAAAUAUGGAACGAGACCACCCUUGCCUGCUAUCGAUCUUUCAGAGUAUGGGAAAGUGUUGGAAAUAUUUUUUGCUUGUACUGAUGAAGAUUUUAAGACGAGACCAAGUGCAAAAGGUGUUGUUAUGUUUUUUAAUAAUUAUGUAAAUAUUUCAUCUAAAAAAUCGUGA